AUAGUUCUCAUAGCUUAUACCGCACAGGCUCAGAGUCCGUAUGCCUGGAGCGGGUGGUUACAUUGUGUCUAUUGUAUGGGUUGAUUUUUGUUUUGUUUUGUUUUGUUUUGGGGGGCUGCCAUUUGGUACAUCACGGGAGGUUUAAAUCGGAGUGAAAAGCAUGGCUGAUGAGCAAGAAAUCAUGUGCAAACUGGAGAGCAUCAAAGAGAUCAGGAAUAAGACUUUGCAGAUGGAGAAGAUCAAGGCACGUCUGAAGGCAGAGUUUGAAGCUCUGGAAUCGGAGGAGAGGCACCUGAAGGAAUACAAACAGGAGAUGGACCUUCUGCUGCAGGAAAAAAUGGCUCAUGUGGAGGAGCUGCGGCUGAUCCAUGCAGACAUAAAUGUGAUGGAGAACACUAUCAAGCAGUCUGAGAAUGAUCUCAACAAGCUCUUGGAGUCCACUCGACGCUUGCAUGAAGAGUACAAGCCCCUGAAGGAGCAUGUAGAUGCCUUGAGGAUGACUCUGGGCUUGCAGAGGUUACCAGAUCUUUGUGAGGAGGAAGAGAAACUCUCUCUUGACUACUUUGAAAAGCAGAAAGCUGAAUGGCAAACAGAACCACAAGAACCUCCCAUUCCAGAAUCUCUGGCUGCAGCUGCAGCUGCUGCCCAACAGCUACAAGUGGCUAGGAAACAAGACACCAGACAGACAGCAACUUUCAGACAACAGCCCCCUCCAAUGAAGGCCUGUUUAUCAUGUCAUCAGCAAAUUCAUCGGAAUGCACCGAUAUGUCCACUCUGCAAAGCAAAAAGCCGGUCUCGGAAUCCCAAAAAGCCCAAGAGGAAACAGGACGAGUGAAACAGAAAAUCCAUGGAGAAAAUAUGUGACCCAUCCUAAUCCCUUUCCAGUAGAACUGUAAAUGUGGCCAGUUUAUUGAAGUGCAGACUUAAGUAUGACUUACCCAUUGUUUUCUAAUUAAUGUGACGUAAGCACAAUGUUUCUGUUCCAUCUUACUUUCCAUCCAGUUCUCAUAUUUUGGUUUCAGGAGAAGUGUUGAUGGUGCUACACUUUAACAUUUUAAUCAUUCCAUCUUUUGAUUCCUAAGCCAAGUGGAACUUCUGAUGCAAGCAGUUUGAAUGCCAAUGAGCACUUUGUAGAUCUGGUUGCAGAGAAGGACAGAUCCCUCCUGUGAAGAUAUAUUUGAGGAUACAUGUUUUGUAGUUAAAUAGAUCACUUAAGGUAUCCCUACCAUACUUGCCAAAGCAUCCCUGUGUUUUCCUGUCCCUGCACUGUUUGCCAUACAAACAGCAAACACUGUCCAUAAAACCAGGCUAUUUUUAAUGAUCAAGUGUUACUUCAGCAAGUUGUGGGGAGGAUUGAAGGACAUUUUUCUAAAAGAUUACUCCAAUUUUCUCCUAAGUGAAAACCACUUGAGGCACAGAAGUAUCUGAAUAUCCAUUUGCCAUGCUAAAGACCCAUGCCUUAUCCUAACCAGGAAGAUUACAUGGGCUAGAUAUAGAGUAAAACUCAGCGUAUCCAAGGAUUUUGGAGUAUAUCUGGAAUUACCAGGAAAAAUAGGGAUGUGGACACACAAGAGAUCAGCAUAUAGUUCAAUAAUAUGGGGUUUGAUUCUAUUACAGAUUCCAGGUCUUUACAGCACUGGAUUAAAAGUUGGGAAGGAGAUCAAACCAUUGAAUCUAUAUGACUAUAUAAAAUUGUGUUUUACCAGCUUGAUUAGACCAUUUUCAGCAAUCUUAAGACUUGACUUUAAGUCCGUUAAGAGCUAAGGCCUCAGCAGCAGCAUUUGUAGACUUCUGGGACUCUGUUGCCAAAGAGCUAAUCCUAGUUCUUCAGGGGAAAUCGUAAAAUAUACCUUGACUUUAGUGAUGAUUGACUGCAACAUUAGCCAUUCUGUACUUCCUCUCCACCUUACAACUAUGGGUCAAAGGCAGCUUUAAAGUGGGCAGGUACAAUACCUGUUGAAGUCAAAAGGAAUUUCACUGAUGUACUCCUCAGCAGUAUUGGUUGAAAAAUUUUAUGUUAAAAAUGAGUGCACUUUCCACCAAAUACUUCUUGUUUCUCAACAAAAAGUCAAAGCUUUUAAAGAAAAGAGCCAUUUUCCAGCACACUCUACUUCAGAGCUGACUUUGACCUUUUGCUCUAGAUGGAAUAUCCAUCAGAAUCCUCCAAUAUAGAGUGAGCUCCUGUCCUUAUGUCAGCUAGUGUAACAGUAGCAUGUCUAAAGAUGGCAGUGGAAGGGUGAGUGGCCUGAGUACAGAACAGGGAUCCAGAACCUCUUGGUUUCUAAUGCCAAUGAUACAACUUACUCCUUUGCCUUGAGAAUAUCACUAAGGCUACAUCUAGACUGCAGGCUUCUUUCAGAAGAAGCUUUUCUGAAAGAAAUCUUCUGAAAAAACUUUUUCCGAAAGAGAGCAUCCACACUGCCAAAG